AUGUCUUCCAAGUUUGACACAUCCAAGGGUGGCAUCUACGAUUUCGACGUGGCAGCUCUCCACGACUCAGCCUGGCAAUUGAUGCCUCCUACAGACUUUGUUUUGGAUCCCCCAGUCCCUACGGACCGGCGGAACGCCUCAUUCCAACAUCCCGGCUGCCUCUUCCAAUGUGUGCACAUGUUUGACAAGGUGCGCGCAUGCUACCAGCUGGUUCAGAAGUUUGAGAAGCAAUCCAAUCACAGCUUCACAUGGAUAGUGAGGAGCAGGCCGGAUCUCCUGUGGGACACUGACAAGACUGAGCUCCCCGCCUUGGAGAACCUUCCUCAAUCGGCCGUCUACUUUGCCUAUCAAGUGAAGGUGCAGGAUGGCAUUGGCAUUUUCAGGGAUCCGGUGCAGAUCGUGCCACGGAAGUAUGCAGAUGACAUCUACGACAGGAUCUUGGACCGCUGCCUCUUGCGACAGAACUUGCGCGAGGACCGCGUUUGGAACUGUGACACCUGGCUUGUCCAGUUCUGUGAAGAGCGAGGAAUAGCUAUGCAAUAUCUGCGGCUGCACGCGGUCAUUCAGAGACUUAGCAACAUCGAGGAUGAUUUUCAUACCUACCAUGAUCAGUGGGCCCAGCAUGUCACAAAUGCAGAGAUGAUCCUGCCCAACUCCAUCUUUGUCAUUGGGACCGAGGAUGAGAAGCAUGCCGCACGAUGGUCGAACACCACUGCCGGUCUACCAGGGAGGGCCUUUGCAGACGAAGGCUGCAACCUCGUAGCAGAUAGCCAGUUUUGUGUGCAUACCAAUGCCUACCUCAUCCAUCUACGGCUUGCUGUCUACAUACCUGCAGCAAACCGGCAGAGGCAGAUCAAGUUUGGGCUGUUCCGCACGUAUGCUCGCAAUAUUCGAUUCCGCGGCCGUCAUUCAAGAUUUCACACCAAUUCCACCGAGUUUUGGCCCUUGCUGACGUUGCCGUACAACCUUAUAGAGCUCGCGCAGGGCGUGAAUGCUGAGCAUGCUGGCAUUUCUUACAACCUUUUUCGUCCAGUUCUGAUGCGACGAGGCGAUUGUAUCUUCUGGACAUCAUGUGCAGAAACAGAUGCGCCAGAGCCUGAAACCUGGAGUGCGGGAGAGGAAGUCCCUGGAGUUUCCAGGUGCUUGUUCCGUCGUGGUGUGCGGCCUACAUAUGUGCGAAGCAGCAAAUCCAUUGUAUCCUUCGAGCCUAUGAUCUCCAGGUAUCACAGUGCAGCGUUCACCUUCUUGAAGCAGGUGCCGCCUUUGUGA